AUAUUUGGUUACUUGGUUGGUGGCUACUGCCACUUAGAAGUUAUGGAUCAAUUACUGAUUGUAUUGAAACUAAAUUAAAUCAAUUAUGUCCUUUGUGUUUUGCAAGUUUCGUUUAGCUAAAAUAUCAUGAAACUGGGGCAGUUUCAUGGGCAAAGUAUUUGUAAGUAAAGCUUCUGUGUUUCACCCUUGCUGAGCGUGAGCUCUGUUCUCACAAUUACCCUGAAGUAAAAACAUGGGAAUUUGUUGUCAUAUGAUCUAACUGUCGGGUUUGGGGGGAGAUGGAAUUGAAGCCCUCACUGUUCGUAAGUGUAACUUCUUGGGAGGUAAUAGGAUGUGUUGGUAGAAACACUUAAGUUCUUCCCAGCGGUAAAAGCUUAAAAUUUGUGAUCACUUAGAGAAAGUGAGGUAGAGGGUGAGGUGGGUAGGAAUUAAAUUUUCAUGGGCAUGUUCCUCAUGGACUGAAGAAUGGUAGAGAGAAAAGUCAGUGAAAGAGAUAAGAGUCCAAGGAAAUGAAUAUAAUGUGUCAAGGUGGUUAAAAUGACAUCAGCAAAGGAAAACCUAGAGUUUGAAGAACGAUGUUACUUAAUGUAAAAAAUAUUAGUUUAGAUUCAGAUAGAUCUGUGCUGAUGCAAGUAAUUCACAUCUAUUCAUGAUCAUCACCAAGACAUUUGCAAAUGUAAUCGAAGUCACAGUAGGAAUGACCCUCACAAUUGUGAUUGAAUGUGUCUAUAACAGUGAGAAAAAAAAAAGAUGGUUCAAAAUAGAAGGUGACCUCAAAAUAAUCAAAAAUGUAGUAUCACAUGCAGUGCUGUUUACUAGGCCAUUGACUUGGGAGUAGUUUCAGUAGAGUGAGCACAGAUUUGCUGACCACAGAUGGAAAUGGGCUCAUUUUGUUUUCUUUGUUUAAAACCAUACAAGCAUAUAUUUUGCAUUUAAUGUCACUGGUUCAAAUAUCCAAUUGCUGGAGUAAGUCCAUUUUCCUAUCCUUAUUCUUACUGUGAAGUCCACUAACCUGACCGAUUCCACCUCUGAUUUCUGGUGCUCAGAACAACAAACACUGAGGUUGGCUCAAGUACUGUUUCAGGUAGCUCCAGACACCAGGCUGGUUCUCCAAGAUCUGUCCUGCCCUACAGGACGGUAGGAGGCUGGUCAAUUACCAGCUCUAUAGGCAUUAACUGCUGAUCCACAGUCGCAUUGAGGCAGCAAAAUCACCCAAGCUCUGACUGCUCUGGACUCCCAGCUAUGUUUCCUCUGGGCAGCAUUAUAGAAAGGGCAGGAGAUUGGGACGGUGGGUGUGGGAGGGUCCCUGUAGUUUAUUUAUUUAUUUUUUUUGCGGUAUGCGGGCCUCUCACUGUUGUGGCCUCUCCCGUUGCGGAGCACAGGCUCCAGACGCUCAGGCUCAGCGGCCAUGGCUCACGGGCCUAGUCGCUCCGCAGCAUGUGGGAUCUUCCCGGACCGGGGCACGAGCCCGUGUCCCCUGCAUUGGUAGACGGACUCUCAACCACUGGGCCACCAGGGAAGCCCUCUGUAGUUUAUUUUUUAAUCACUCAGUUACAGAGGGCUCCAAAACUCUUGCCACAUCUAGACCCAAAAGUAAAGGGCUCUGAUUUGUAAAAUGCAGAUUUCUUGUUGCAUUUGGACAAUAUGAGCAAUGUGCUUUCAUAUUCUUUGUAUUUCUGUAGUUGUUUGACUUAACUGUAUCUACAAACUAAAAGAAUAGAAAAAAAAAAAGGUUUGUUCCAAACUAUACUUACAUAAGCAUUUCUUUCAGUAAGACAUACAUCAAAUAUUUGUAUGCAUCCUAGGGAAGUUUUAGGGAACCUAAUGAGAGCUAACAUAUGUGAAAGAAGCUGAAAGAAUUCAUAUCAAAUCACCAUUCAUAGCAACUUUCUUACUGCCAAUCUCUGGGUCACACUGAAAUUUAGAAUCACUUGUGCAGGGAACUGAUUUUGUUUGGAAAAAGGGUGAGGAAGCUCUAGUCUCUAUUUUGAUGUAAUUAAAAUCUCUCAAGAGCAUCAGCAGUCUAUAUAGCUUGAUUUUGGAAAAGUAAAGGAAGCAGACCAGUUUUGAGCCCCAAACACAUUUUCUUAUUGAGUUCUCCAUCAAAAACGGGCAGUUGUGGAGUUUUUCAUCUUCAUUACAUGGUCGUAGGACUAGUGCAAUCCAGGGAGUGAAGGAGGUACAAAGGUCAGGACAGGAAGCGUUAACUCAUUUUAAGUUAUAGAUACAGUCACUGAUCGUAAAAUCUUUUAUCAUCUAGAGUAAGGUUUAAUGUAGUCCUCAACGUAUUCUGGAAACUCUCCUUGUCUUGUAAAUGAUGUUCUGCUUCUUCAGUAUAUAAGAGAUCGUCAGAAUUCAAAAGGUCAGUAAGUAAAGGGUUUCACCCCCAAACACCAUCCUUUCAACUUUCUGGUGGGAAAGCCAGUGCUACUGGGUGCAAGUUCCUUCAGUGAAUGUAGACAUUUCAUUGUCACUGUGAUGUUGGUUGUCAGAUUCUGGUAUAUUUCACUUAGGGAGGCACCAUGUUAUAAGCAUUAGGAACUUCAAACUAAAAUUUUCCACUCCAAUGGUAACCCUUAUCUAGGAUCUCAGCUGAAAGGAUUGAAGCUUGUUUGAAUCAGAAAAUGUACUUUACAUGUGUAAGUAUAUCAGCUUCAAAUUCUGCCAGAUCUUUAAUAAGCAACUUGUCUCUCACAGAAACCCUCUGAUUAGGAUAGAAACUGGCACAUGUACAGACCCCUGGCCAUUAUCCGAUGUCAAUUUGCCUGGCAGAGUUAGCAUUAAUGCUACCUUUGACCUCGGCACCUGGAGACACAGGCUGGGUGCCCCACACCAUUCCUGGGCCCCUGUUGCAGUCUGUACUUGGCAGGGCCAAUGUGGGCCUUGUUUAUUUUUCUUAAGUUGUUUUUUAAAAAAACAUAUGGCAAAAUAUAAAAUUUACCAUUUUAACCAUUUUAAGUGUACAGUUCACUGGCAUUAAGUACAUUCACAUUGUGCAACCACCAUCCAUCAUCCCAAGUUGAAACUUUGUGCUCACUGAACAAUAACUCUCCUUCUCCAGGACCUUGACGACCACCAUUCUACUUUCAGGUCUAUGAACUUGACUAUUCUAGGUACCUCUAUGAGUGGAAUCGUACAGUGUUUGUGCUAUGUGUCUGGCUUAUUUGAUUUCAUAAGGUGUUGACUUGCUCCUCAGAGUGUGGUCUGUGCACCAGCAGCAUUGGCAUCACCUAGAACUUGUUAGAAGGGCAGAAUGUUCAGACCUCCGAAAUCAGAGUAUAUUUUCACAACUUCCCCAGUGACUCCUGCAUGUUAAAGUUUGAGAAGCAUUGGCUUUAACUACUGAGAAUUCUAGAUGGGUCAGGAACCAGGCAGGGAAGUCACCAGCCAUUCAAGAGUGAGCAGCUGUGGUGUAUCAGAAGCUUUUGGGCAUUGUGUGUGGUAGUGAGCAAGACAGACAUGGUCAGUCCACACUUCAGCAGCUUAGUCUAGAGAGAGAGACAGGAAGGAAAUAAUGUUUUAGUGCUAGCCAAAAGAAAUAAAGGUUGCUAAACAGAAGGAUGAUAGCCAGACAUGAAGAAGUGGCAAAUCUUCCCUGAUGAAGUGACAUUUGGAUUGAGUCCUAAAGGUUGGAUGUGAGUUAGCUGAUGCUUGGGGCUGGGGAAGAAUUCCUGAUGGAAGUGGCAGUGUGAGUGUCCUGCUGUGGAAGGAGCUUAGAGCUUUCUAGAGAAGGAGGUCACUGCAGCUAGAGCUAAAUAUGGAGGUGGGGGUGCAGGAUAAAAGGAGAUGAGGUUGGUUGCCGCUGGAUGGUGGGUGCUGUGAGCCACGCUGAAGAUCUCAAACAGCGAAGUAAUGUGUUGGAUGCGCUUUUGAAAUGGAUUCCACUGAUGUGCUUUGGAGCGGAGACUAUGGAAGCUUAAAGGGGCCUAGGUUUUGUUUUUUUUUCUUUGACCUAAGCCACCAGGGUGUAGGCAGCUGAACUAGGCUUGGCCAUUUGGCUGCUCCCAUGUAGGACUUAAAUCUGGAGGCAGUGCAGCAAAGAUUCAAAGAAUGGGUAUCUGGCAGUGACGAGUGACAGCCCAGUGGCGGCAGCACCAGUCCCACCAGUGGAACUUUCUAACCAGACUUUCCAUGGCAGGACCCCGGCAGUCUUUUUUUUUUUUUUUUUUAUAAAUAGUCUUUCUUGGAUCCUGACUGUGUUUUAAGACUGGUUCUUGAUACUGAGUUGUAUGAGCUGUUUAUAAAUUUUGGAAAUUGACUCCUUACAGGUCAUAUCAUUUGCAAGUAUUUUCUCCCAUUCAGUAAGAUGUCCUUUCAUUUUGUUGAUGGUUUCCUUUGCUGUGCAAAAGCUUUUAAGUUUGAUUAGGUCCCCUUUGUUUAAUUUUGCUUUUAAUUAUUUUGCCUUAAGAGACAGAUCUAAAAAUAUAUUGUUAUUUAUGUCAAAGCGUGCUCUGCCUGUGUUCUCGGAGUUUUAUGGUUUCAAGGCUCACAUAUAGGUCUUUAAUCCAUUUUGAGUUUAUUUUUGUAUAUGGUGUUAGAGAAUGUUGUAAUUUCAUUCUUUUACAUGUAGCUGUCCAGUUUUCCCAGCACCACUUAUUGAAGAGACUGUCUUUUCUCCAUUGUAUAUUCUUGCCUCCUUUGUCAUAGAUUAAUUGACAAUAAGUGUGUGGGUUUAUUUCUGGGGUCUCUAUCCUGUUCCAUUGAUUUAUGUGUCUGAUUUUUGUGCCAAUACCAUACUGAUUUGAUUAACAUAGCUUUGUACUCAAGCUUUGUGGUAUUAUUGUUCUGAACACCUGAAUUAAGGAAGUGUGAUACCUCCAGCGCAGUUCUUUUUUCUCGAGGUUGCUUUGGCAAUUUGGGGUCAUUUGUGGUUCCAUAUAGAUUUUAGGAUUACUUGUUUUAGUCCUGUGAAAAAUGUCAUUGGUAUUUCGAUAGGUAUUGCAUUAAAUCUGUAGAUUGCUUUGGGUAGUAUGGACAUUUUAACAAUGUUAAUUCUUCCAAUCCAAGAACAUGGGAUGUCUUUCCAUUUCUUUGUAUCAUUUUCAAAUUCCUUCAUCAGUGUUUUAUAGCUUUCAGAGUAUAUGUCUUUCACAUACCUGGUUAAGUUUAUUCCUAGGUAUUUUUUUAUUUUUGAUGUGAUUGUAAAUGGGAUUGUUUCCUUAAUUUCUCUUUCUCAUAAUUCAUUAUUACAAACAAAGAACCCAAUUAAAAAAUGGGCAGAAGGCCUGAAUAGACAUUUCUCCAAAGAAGAUAUAUAGAUGGCCAACAGACACGUGAAAAACUGCUCAACAUCACUAAUCAUCAGAGAAAUGCGAAUCAAAACCACAAUGAGAUACCACCUCACACCUGUUAGAAUGGCUAUCACCAAAAAGUCUGCAAAUAACAAAUGUUGGUGAGGGUGUGGAGGAAAGGGAACCCUAGUACACUGUCAGUGUGAGAUUGUGAAUUGACGGAGCCACUAUGGAAAACAGCAUGCAGGUUUCUCAAAAAAACUAAAAAUAGAAGUACCAUAUGAUCCAGCAAUUCCACUCCUGGGUAUGUAUCCGAAGAAAACAAAAACACUAAUUUGAGAAGAAUCUUGCACCCUAAUGAUCAUAGCAGCAUUAUUUACAAUAGCCAAGGUACGGAAGCAACUUAAGUGUCCAUCAACAGAUGAUGGGUAAAGAAGAUGUGAUGUACGUACAUACAGUGGAAUAUUAUUGAGCCAUAAAAUGAAAUUCUGCCAUUUACAACAAUGUGGAUGGACCUAGAGAGUAUUAUGCUUAGUGAAAUAAAUCAGACAGAUAAAAAUAAAUACUCUGUGUUAUCACUUAUGUAUGGAAUCUAAAAAAUAAAACAAAUGAAUGUAUAUAACAAAACGGAAACAGACUUGCAGAUACAAAGAACAAACUAGUGGUUACCAGUGCAGAGGAGGAAGGGAGGGAGAGGUGAGAUAGGGGUAAGGGAUUAACAGACACAAAAUACUAUGUAUAAAAUAAAUAAUCAACAGGGGUAUAUUGUACAGCACAGGGACAUAUAGCCAUUCUUUUGUAAUAACUUUAAAUGGAGUUUAUAAAAAUAAUGAAUCACUGUGUUGUACACGUGAAACUAAUAUAAUAUUAUAAAUCAACUGUACCUCAAUUAAAACAACAGACUGAUUCUACAACAUGCCCAUUGAUUCUAAGUUGCCUUACAGGCUUUCCUUUGAAUUCCCGUUUUGAUUGAUUUAGCCAGAGCUGGUGUCUGUUGUUUGCAGCCUCACCACCCUGACAAUUACUGUCUUGGUCCAGUGGGGAAAAUGCUGCAUGUUCUGUGAGGUUGGAAGUGAAUAGAAGCUGUUGUCAGAGUUACGGGAAUCUUCCAGCAAGGUCAUCACUGUCAUCAGGAAUAACAGCCCCUCUUCGUUGAUUUCUAUGAAGGGUAUUUUCUGUCUUGUUCUGACCCUGCUCUGCUGACUCCACCCCCGCCCCCUUCCCCAAGAGUCUUUCUGGGCCCCAUCCACUCUCAUGUGCCACCAAAGGUUGGGCAGCUGCCCAUUAACAUACACUUUAAUAACAGUGUAGCAGGCGCAGUUGGCUGUCGAAUAACUAUUCUCCCUCCUUCCUCCAUAUUUACCAACAGGACUUUGAUUUUGUUCAGAUACAGGUGACCAUGUCCUUUAGAGAAGAAACACAUCAAGAACUUGGGUCCUGGAUGAUUGUGCUGAACACCUGAAUUAAGCAGUGCUGAUUAAGCCACCUCUUUUGGAUUUCUUUUAAUUAAUACUUUUAAUCAUCUGGAUACUCUGAAAGGUAAUUAUUACUACCUUUGUUACGUUGAUUCAUUUUUUGUUUUUAGAUUCCACAUGUAAGUGAAAACAUACAGUAUUAGUCUUUCCUUAUCUCACUUCACUAAGCAUAAUACCCUCCAGGUCCAUCCAUGUUGUUGCAGAUGGCAACAUUUCAUUUUUUUUGAUGGCAGAGUAACAUUCCAUUGUACAUACAUACCGCAUCUUCUUUAUCCAUUCAUCAGUUGAUGGACACUUAGGUUGCUUCCAAAUCAUGGCUAUUGUAAAUAAUGCUGCUAUGAACAUUGGGGUGCAUGUAUUUUUGUCAAAUUAGUGUUUUCAUUUUCUUUAGAUACAUACCCAGGAGUGGAAUUGUUGGAUCAUAUGGUAGUUCUAUUUUUAAUUUUGUGAACAACCUCCAUACUGUUUUUCAUGGUGGCUGUACUAAUUUACAUUCCCACCAAAAAUGUACUAGGGUUCCAUUUUCUCCAUAUCCUUGCCAACAUUUAUUUUAUUUUAUUUUUAUUUAUUUUUUUCCAACAUUUAUUAUUGUUGUAUUUUUGGUGAUAGCCAUUCUGACAGGUGUGAGGUGAUAUCUCAUUGUGGUUUUGAUUUGCAUUUCCCUGAUGAUUAGCAAUGUUGAGCAUCUUUUCACGUGCCUGUUGGCCAUCUGUAUAUCUUCUUUGGAAAAAUGUCUAUUGAGGUCUUCACCCAUUUUUUAGAUUGAUUUGUUUGUUUUUUGAAUUGGCUGAAUUUUUUGUGUAUUUUUGAAUUUACUCCCUGGUCAGACAUAUCACUUGCAAAUCUCUCUCCCAUUCAGUAGGUUGUCUUUUCUGAAACAUAAUUAUUAAUAUUUUAAUGUUAUAGGUGGGAAAACAGGCUCAUAAAGAUUAAGCAACAUGAUCCAAGAUUAUAUGGUCUGUCAGUCAGGGUCCUAAGGAAAACAGGUGGUAUACUCAAAUUAAGAUAAUGUGAAGAGGGUUUAUUUACAAAGAGACUAACUACAGAGUUUGGGGAGUGGUGUAGGGGAAUCAUAGAGCUAGUGUAGGAAGCCAGGGCUAGAAGAGUGGAGCUGUUACAGGGCGAGGUUACCUGAAACUGGAAGAAGAGAUAGUCAGGUCGAGCAGUCUUCCUUGAGAGGAGCAGUGAACCUCGAAGGAGGGUUAUGGUCAUCUUGAUGUGACCUCACAGGGAGUGAUCCUUAGGGGAAUAAACACCCUGACCUCACUCUCCUUCCUCCCUCUACUCUUCUGUUAGGCAGAGCCCACUGAGCUAUUGGAUGUAGUCCAAACAGACUGACUUGCAGGGGCAGAGAGCAAGGUGGAGAAGGAUGGGGAGAUAGAGGGACAAUUGGAAAAUAUCUGUUGUGGUCCAGCCUCUUUGCCCCCUACUGUCCUCUCUUGUCCGAAAUGCAGGUCAAAUGUCGUCACCUCAACACAAGAGAUGCCCAAAGUUCCAUCAGCUAUUUAUCAUCAUGGGAUGAUGUUCAUUUGUUCAUACUUUCACAUUAAACCUAAACAAUUAGCCAUCAACAGUGCCCUCAUAUAAAGUAACAGGAGGGAAAUGGGAAGAUAAAAACAAGUAAUAUAAAAUAUAGCUGUUACAAUCCCUGCUUCUAUAAGUGGACCCAAUGCCAGUUGCCUCUUUCUAAGCCAGAGUGUGCUCCUUGGCUGUGCUUUUCCUUAGCUCAUUCAUUCCAAAGGCAGACCAUUUAAUUGCUGGUUCUGGAGCUACAAAGAUAAAUCAGUCACGUAUUCUGACUAAAAGAGCUCACAAUAGAUGAAAUAGUUAUUUAAUUUUAAAUUUAGGGUAAUAAGGGGUAAGUAGAUACCUGAUCUCUGGUUUGUGAUGAAAUUAAAAGAACAAGAACAACAAUGAAAGCAACUCUGCUUUAACUGGGUUUUUUUUCACCCUUGGGAUUAUUAAUUAUCAAUAAUGGAUUAUUCUUUGCUGUGGGAGGCUGUCUUGUGCUCUGUAGGGUGUUUAGCAUCAUCCUCAGCUUCUCCCCACUAGGUACUAGUAGCACCCCGCCUCCAUCGUGACAACCAAAAUGUCUCCAGACUUUGCCAAGUGUCCCAUGGGGAGCAAAUUAUUGCCCAAUUGAGAACAACUGGCUUAAAAAGUAAAGAAAGAGGCCACUGCAUGGAUGUGUAGCAACAUAUUUAUAUGUCUCCAAAUAAUGGCUAUUUAGUCAGUUGGGAUUUCCCUUUUGUUUUGUUUGUCUUUUGUUGUUACAAGUAAACCUGCAGUGAACAUACUUUCUUUGCGUACUUGGGCAGAUAUGUCUGCAUGGCAGAUUUCUAAAAGUGAAGUUUCUGGGUUAUAGGAUUGUGAUGUUCUCAAAAUGACUUCUAAGGGAUUGAAUAAAUAGUGUUACCUUUACUGCUUUAUUAAAAUAUUCUUUUUCAAAUUGCCUCAAGUUUUACACUUAAAUAAUAUCUAAGAAAUAAUGGCGUUUUUGGAUAAUUACAUUUUAUAACACAAAUUAAAAUAAACACAUAGGGGCUUCCCUGGUGGCGCAGUGGUUGAGAGUCCGCCUGCCGAUGCAGGGGACACGGGUUUGUGACCCGGUCCGGGAGGAUCUCACAUGCCGCGGAGCGGCUGGGCCCGUGAGCCAUGGCCGCUGAGCCUGCGCGUCCGGAGCCUGUGCUCCGCAACGGGAGAGGCCACAGCAGUGAGUGGCCCGUGUACUGCAAAAAAACCCCAAAAAACCCCCCAAAAACCCACAUAAAUAUUAAAAAAUCCUAACGCACAACCAAAAAUCAUCUUUUAUAUUAAAUAUUGGGAAACAAUGCUCUAGUCUAUCUCCUUCAUUUUAGAGAUGUGGUAAGGCUAUUUCAAGUUUACACUGAUCUGGAGUCAACACUCUUUGUGUUCUUAUGUUAUUCAACCAAUUGCUUUUGUUCGAGUCAUACUUCUCCAAUUCUUCCGCAUGAGAAUCAUGAAAAGUUUGGUCAAAUGCUUUGUUAAACCCACAGCCCUUCACGUCUGUGAUCUUGCCUUCAUCUAGUUGAGUGUGUAGAAUGUGGAAAAGGUUGUGCUGCAGUGGGGAUUUCUUCAGCAAGCCAACUAAAAGGUAUUGUACGUGCCUCUUCUCAUUUCGUGAGAACAGGCUGAGCAUUGGGAAGGAGUGUUUCCUAAGCAUCUGGGUGGGUGUGUGAAAAUACAAAGCAACGGUCAUACUUUUGACAGCAGGAACCCAAGGAGGAGGAUUGGGAGCGAGCAGUGCAACAUGGCACAGUGACUUUCAACCUGACCCUCACUCAGCAUUUCACUGUUCAUCAUCUCCUACACACAGAGGCUUAGUUGCCAAUUCUUUGGCACAGUCAUCCCUGAAUGAAGCAGACGUCACUCCUGGGCAUCCAUUGUUAUAUCUUGCCGUUCUUCUCAGCAUCAUUAGUCACUUUUGAAAGUAUGGAAGAGGGAGGUCUGGGAUCCAGCCUUGCCCACUGCAGCAGACUAGGAGCCCAGAACACUGAGCCAGGUUCAAGUGAAGGAGGUUCAGUUGGCAGGCAGAUCUGGCCCUGUGAUGGGUACAGCAUGAACAGCUAGUGCUCCUGGCAGGAGUCUGGGUGGAAGGGCACAAACCUCGUGGGAAAUCUCAGUGAUGUGGUAUCUGGGGAGCAGGAGGUGGGGUGAAGGGAGGCUUAGAAGCAGAGAGAAACAGGCAUUCACAUCAGGGUGGUCUUAAAAGACAGGCAGUAAGGCCCCAGGAGCCUGGCAAGAAUGAGUCAGGACCCAGGCCCUAGGAACCAACUGUGGUGCCUACAGUUAUAAACCAGGAAGAGAAAUCAAAGCAGAGACCCAGAAACAAGACUUAAGGCACAUGGGCUGGGAAUUGGGAAACAAGUAAGAGCUUGGUCACUAGAGUUAGAAACCGCACCAGGGGUAAUCUGCCAAUGGUGCGAGAUGUUGCCAGAUCUAAUCCAGCACUGCAUUUAUGAGGCUUAAGUAUCUCCUGAUUCUGGUUAAUAUUAGCUCAAGGUAUGGAGGGUGGCAUUGAACAUGCAGGUGAGACCUAAUGGUAGUACAGAGCGGGAACUGGAUCUCAAGGUUGUUUGGAAACAAAACUCAUGUGCUUUACUCUACACUCAUCCGAGAGAUACAAGAGAGGGACACACACUGGCUCUGAGGAGUGUGAUCCAUGUGCUCACUAAACUAGAAGCUUCUUGAGCAGAAACUGUCUUCAUCACCACAUACCUAGGGUGCCUAUCAGGGCCUGGCCUGUGCUGAGUGAAUAUUCGUUGAAUACAUAAAGGAAGGCAAAGAGGGCUGAACAAAUGGAGACACAGCCCCUGUUGGGUGGGGUAUUCUCUGGCUUUCCCAAGUUUCAGUGAAAUAUCCUUGCCCUAAACAUUCUAUACCAACUUAUUGUUCUUAUUCCAUGAUAUCCAAGCAACCUGCUGUUACAAGUUAAACUUUCCUAGUUUCUUCAUAUUGGAAAUGAAGUGAGUUCAACCACUAGUCAUUGUUACUUCCCAGUGUCAUUUAUUAUAUUGACAUCUGGUUAGCACCUCAGUGGCAUGUGGAUUAGGUGAGCUGUGUAAGUCUCCAAGAGGAUGAACAUCGUGGAUACAUUGAGAACAUCCAGUUUCUGGUUCCCCCUGAUUGAGGUUCACACCCUGAAAUAUGGGACCUACUCAUGAUCUGAGAGCCUCGAUAGCAGAAAAGAAAACUAGUAGAUCAUGAAAACACUGGAGUAUAGAUCUAUGUUAUUUAUCCUUCAUAUUAUUGUUAUAUUUUUAAAAAAUUGGCUCCCAGGUGUCCAAAAUUGGGUUCAUUAUAUUGCUUAGGUUCAUGACACCUCUCAUGACAGUGUCACCAUUGGCUCAUAUACUGGCUCAAACAUUGCUGACUCAAACAAAAAUUCAGAUUUCUGUCUUCUCUUGAGAAAUUGAAGAAUCCUCCAAAAGAUUGGUUCUAUUUCACUGUAAGGCAGAAAUUAGUGGCUACUCAGUGCUGUCCCUGUUCAUACCAAUCUCUGUUGUCUCCUGAUAAGAGAAGUUGAAGUGUAUCACUGGACUUGAACCGUUAUUCUAAUCAAGUGGAAAGUAAACUAUUCUCUUGUGUCCACUUCACCGAUUUACAUUACCUGCCUGUCAGCAUUUGAGUUUGAGAACCCUGCUCUGGGAGGAAACUCCUGUGCCAUCCCUAAUAACUACUACCAUUCACUGAGCCCUUACUUAUAGGCAAAGCACUGAACUAACAGUUUUUCACACAUUAUCUCUAUUCAUAUAAAACCCUAUGAGGUAAGAUAAGUGUUAUCUCCAUUUUACAGGUGUGGAAACUGAAGCUCAAAGAGCUAAAUAACUGCCCAAGAUGAUAAAACUUCUAAUUUUUGACACUGGAAUUCAAACUUUGGCCUGCCUGAGUCCAUAGCUGGGCCUUUUUUGUUUGUUUGUUAACAUCUUUAUUGGAGUAUAAUUGCAUUACAAUGGUGUGUUAGUUUCUGCUGUAUAACAAAGUGAAUCAGUUAUACAUAUACAUAUGUGACUGGGCCUUUUAAACUUUACAUUACACAGCUUUUCUAACCACUAAUCUUAUAACAAUAGAAUUACUGCUGCCCUUCAGUGUUUCUUCCUCAUACUCAGUCCACAUGGGGCUGAAUUCCAGAAAGAGGGGCUGAGUGCCACCCUGCCCUCGCCAGGGCCCAUGGUGGACACCCGCUCUGUGCCAGUGUCAGAGGGAGUUGUUGCUUUGUUGGAUCGGAGAGCUAUAGCUCUGCUGGACGGGAGGACGGGAGAUGCUGGGGUCACUGUGACUCUGGGGCAGCUGCCCAUUAAUCACUGUUCCUGGUUUUGUGUGUGUUUAGCUGGGCUAUCCCAGUGUUGUCCCAGCGUCAUACCUGGGGAAGAGCAUAUAAAGGGGCUCGAGGUCUAGACCUGCAGCUCUCAGACCACGGAGAUGGGGAAGCUGUUGCUUUGGGUUGGUGAGUGUGGUGGGUCCCAGCCCCGCAAUGUCUCUUAGUUCAGGAGGUGCCAGGCUUCAUAAGCUCAUUGUCUCGCUGGUUCCUGGGAAGCAUUCUGCGACUCGGGGCCCUGGAUUUAGUAGAGGUAGGACAGGACACAGUGAAGGGCCAGAGGGGCCCAGGGAGGAGAGAUCAGAGCAGUGGUGGUACCCUGGCUGCACAUUAAACAUUUUUAUGCCUGGCUUCCACCUCAGACCAGUUCAUUCAGAAUCUCUGGGGGAGGAGCCAGGAUAUCACUACUUUUAAAUUAGCAUCCAGGGUUGAGAACCAUUGACCUAGAGCUUUUGCUGGGACUUCUAAAUGUCAUGGUUGUCCCUGUGCAAAGCAUGUGUGUAUACGUAUGGUGUUUACUGAAGUGGAAAGGAGAUCAGAUAGAUCUGACUUCACCUGCUCAGUGCAGAGAAGAGGAAAGAGGGAAGGGUGUGUGUGUCUCCAUUUGCUUGAGUUGGUGGGUGUACUCAGAACUGGAGGGUGUGCUGGGGUGUGUCACUCCGGGUGUGCCUGUGAAUCUGCGUGUGAUUCCUCCUUUGUGUCCUGCAGGGCUGGUUCUUGUGCUGAAACACCACAAUGGUAAGGACCCUGUGUGGUCCUCUCCAGAGCCAGGGAGAGUGUCCACCUGAGAAGUGCUCCAUGUCUAGCGCUCUUGCAGCCCCGCCCUGCCCUGGCUCCGUGUCAGGGAUCGCUGACUCAAUGCAGUUCAGCAGAGGAUUUUCAGUCACCUGCUGUUUGGCUCACUCCUUGUGCCAGGAUCCAGACUCGAGGAUCCAUUCUGAACAGGGUUUCACAAGGCAUUCUUCCCCCCGCCCCCGGGGACCCCAGCAGUGGGGGAGGGACCUGCCUUCAGUGUAGCUCUGGGGUGUGAGUGGGGGGGUGUUACUGUGGCCUUGCCUCUUGAGCUGUGUCCACGCUGCUCUGUGGAAGCUGAGCUCCAUCCCCACCUUGGUUUCUGCCAACAAAUGCCUGCUCUCCCCUGCCAGGUGCUGCCCACAAACUGGUGUGUUAUUUCACCAACUGGGCAUUUAGUCGGCCCAGCCCUGCUUCGAUCCUGCCCCGGGACCUGGACCCCUUUCUCUGCACCCACCUGGUGUUUGCCUUUGCCUCAAUGAACAACAAUCAGAUUGUUCCUAAGGAUCCCCAGGAUGAGAAAAUCCUCUACCCAGAGUUCAACCAGCUCAAGGAGAGGAACAAGGAGCUGAAGACACUGCUGUCCAUCGGGGGGUGGAACUUCGGCACAUCGAGGUUCACCACGAUGCUGUCCACAUUCGCCAACCGGCAGAAGUUUGUCAAUUCAGUGGUAGCCCUCCUGAGGACACAUGGCUUUGAUGGUCUGGACCUCUUCUUCUUGUACCCUGGACUCAGAGGCAGCCCCAGGCAUGACCGCUGGACCUUUGUCUUCUUACUUGAAGAGCUCCUGCUUGCUUUCAGGAAGGAGGCGCAGCUCACCAUGCGUCCAAGGCUGCUGCUCUCUGCUGCUGUCUCUGGGGAUCCCCGUGUCAUCCAAAAAGCGUAUGAUGUGCACCUCCUGGGGAGACUACUGGAUUUCAUCAGCGUCUUGUCUUAUGACUUACAUGGAAGCUGGGAAAAGUUCACAGGACACAAUAGCCCGCUGUUCUCUGUGCCCAAGGACCCCAAAUCUUCGGCAUAUGCCAUGAACUACUGGCGAAAGCUUGGGGCAGCACCUGAGAAGCUCCUUAUGGGGCUCCCCACCUAUGGACGUACUUUUCGCCUCCUCAAAGCCUCUGAGAAUGAGUUGUGGGCAGAAGCUGUGGGACCGGCACCUCCAGGGAAGUACACCAAGCAAGCUGGCUUCUUGGCUUAUUAUGAGAUCUGCUCCUUCAUCUGGAGAGCGAAGAAGCGCUGGAUUGAUGAUCAGUAUGUCCCAUAUGCCUACAAGGGGAAGGAGUGGGUUGGCUAUGAUGAUGCCGUCAGCUUCAGUUACAAGGCUUUUUUCAUAAUGAGAGAGCAUUUUGGGGGGGCCAUGGUGUGGACACUGGACCUGGAUGACGUCAGGGGCACUUUCUGUGGAACUGGCCCUUUCCCCCUUGUCUACACGUUGAAUAAUCUCCUGGUGAAGGCUGAGUUCAGCUCAACUCCUCCACCAAACUUUUGGCUCUCAACUGCUGUGAAUUCUUCAAGAAUUGGCCCAGAAAGGCUGACUGUGAUCAAGGAUUUGACCACUGAUUUGGGGAUCUUGCCCCCAGGAGGGGAGGCUGUGGCCACCGAGACCCAUAGAAAGUCUGAAACUAUGACCACAGUCCCCAGAGGUGGGCUUGUGACCCCUACAAGGGAAACUCUGUCCUUUGGAAAACACCCCCUAGCUCCAGAAUGGAAGACUGAAACCCCUGGAGAGGAGACCAUGACCCCUGUGGGCCACCAGGCUGUGACCCCUGGAGGGAUAACUGUGGCUCCUAUGCAUCUUCAGACUGGAGAGAAAACCAUGCCCCCAAGAAGGAAGGCUGAAGCCCCUGAGAAGAUGACCAUCCCCUCAGGAAAGAUGACAGUCACCCCUGCUGGGCAGACUGAGACUCUUGAAGAGAAUUUGACUUCUGAGGUGGACCCUGAACCCCUGGUGGGUUACUUUGGUCUUCACAAAGAAGCUGAAAACUGGAUGCUACUCUCUGGUCCUGUCAUCUCGCCCCCAGGACACACUCCUCUUGCUUUUGACAAGCCCUUUGUUCCCAGAUGGAAUCAUUCCUCUGAUGACUCAGUAACCUUUCCAGUGAGUCCUCUCUCUCUAAAGAAAGAAAAUCCAGAAAACUCUGCUGUGGACUGAGGAUCCUAAGAUCUGUUGUUGGCAGAAACUGGGGAAAGUCCUUGCCUUUUCUUCUAGGUCCCCUGACCAAAGCUGCCUGUGCCCAGCCAUUCAUAAACCAUUCUUGGGGCAAAGCAGGCCCCAGGCCACACUGAGUUAAUCUCUCUUCUGUUGAAUAAACUGGAAGCA